CGCCUUUUUAUUGGCUGUGCAUUACAAGAACUCUUCUGUAAUUGGACAAGACGUUUCCGUGUAACCAAUGCUGGUUGGAUCAAGACUUUCUCCUUACUCACAAACCAGAAAUGAGGUAGGAAGGCCACCAGAAGGUUUUCUAUGGAGGAACAUAUGGCUUGUGCAGACUGAGAUACUGUGAAGUGAAGUUCGAUCGAUAUUAGGAAAUGUGAUUACUGUGGCAAGUGACAUGGGUUGAGUAGUAGUAUGAUGGUGACUUCAACGCAGGAUUAGAACGGAACAUCGAGUGAAGACGCUGUUAAAAUGGGGCCAAACUGCGAGUUCCUGUGGAUUAUACCGCUUCUACAGCUGUGUGGCGUAGCACUGGGUCAGCUAACAGAUAACAACACGCCCCCAGUUGUAUACCUGGACAGGAACUGGGUUGUCCACGAUACGGACCCGGUGGGAGAGGUCAUCGCCAGAGUAAAUGCCGAGGACCCUGAGAAGGACCGUCUGGAAUACGGACUAGAGGCGAAGGGCUACAACGGAGCGGGCUCACCGGAUAGACCGCUUCCCUUCGCCAUCAACAGCACCACGGGAGUGGUCAAAAUCAACGAAUCGCUCGUCAACAGGGGUGGCGAACAGCUAUUCCUGUACGUCACUGUCUUCGACGGCCAAGUCACAAGCAAAACCGAAGUGUGGGCGCGAAUUCGCAGUUCUUCAGCCACCCCCGAUUCCACUGAGAUCAACAACGAGAGGCCUCCGCCGGGGGCGACAGCCUACUUGCCGAACUCCCACUUCCAGUUUCCAGGAGGAGGUAGUUCUGGAGGCAGCAAUAUUCCACCCGGUUUUAUUCAGCCACCCCCGCCAAGACCAGAAAUAAAUCGAAAGCCCAGACCGCCACCGCCCCCACCGCCGCCCCCGCAGACGACCCAAAGAGCUGCUACGGUGCAGGAACAUGCAAGAGCAGUACAGACUACAGAGACAGCGCUGACACCACUUCCAGGAGGUGGAAGCCCACAUCACAACACGACCAACGCGGAGGGCACAGUGACCUCGGUUCCCGACCUCACGGCAACGUUGAUACCUAUUUCCGUUGUAUGUGGGCUCUUCAUUACGGGAGGGGCAGCUGCCUGGCUGUUCCGCCGCAAGUUUUGUCGUUACCGAAAUAAGGGCAACAAGGAUGACAUGCACAAGGAGUCAUCCGGUGGCAUCGGGUUGGAGGAGCCUAUGGUGCUGCAGCAGUGGCAGGGUCCCCGUGCCCACAGCAAUCGCUACGAGGGCUGGGACCGGGACUCAAACCUGCAGCAAACACCCGGACCUGGAAACACCAAGUCUGAAGACAGGUGGGAGUUCCCUCGGCAUCAUCUCAAGGUAUUCAACAUCCUGGGAGAAGGUUGCUUUGGGCAGGUGUGGCGCUGUGAGGCCCUUGACCUCAAUGGGCGGGAAGGCACUACGGUGGUGGCUGUGAAGACGCUGAAAGAGAAUGCAUCAGAUAAGGAGCGCUCAGAUCUGGUGCAGGAGCUGCAAGUCAUGAAAAUGCUGGAGCCACAUCCCAAUGUUGUCCGGCUGCUGGGUUGCUGCACUGAGAAAGAGCCACUCUUUGUUAUCAUGGAAUAUGUACCACAUGGCAAGCUACAGAGUUUUCUGCGUAACUCACGUGCUGAGCGUUACUAUGGUAACCUGCAUGGAGCCAGCAAUACUCUGACAUCACGGGACCUCACUUCCUUUGUGUACCAGGUCGCUCGUGGCAUGGAUUUUCUCUCUUCGAAGGGGAUAAUCCAUCGUGACCUUGCAGCAAGAAACAUCCUGGUGGGAGAAAAUCACAUUUGCAAAGUAGCAGACUUUGGCUUUGCCCGAGAUAUUAUCUCAAGUCACGUGUACGAGCGCAAGUCAGAAGGCCGACUGCCCAUUCGUUGGAUGGCACCAGAGUCCUUGUAUGACAAUAUAUUUUCAGUAAAGUCUGAUGUCUGGAGUUUUGGGGUACUCAUCUGGGAAAUCGUGACUCUGGGUUCCACACCAUAUCCUGGUCUCGCAGCCGCUGAGGUCAUGAGAAGGGUGCGUGAUGGGUAUAGGCUAGACAAGCCAGAGCACUGUCGCAGAGAACUGUAUAAUAUCAUGUAUUAUUGUUGGGAUAAAGACCCUAAGGAGCGCCCCAGUUUCAGUGAACUGAUUAAGUUACUGGAGCAGCUCUUGCUUACCGAGACUGAGUACAUUGAGCUGGAGAGAUUUCCUGAUCACUCAUACUACAACAUGGUGAGCCUCAGUGAUGAGAAACUCUAGCAGACAAUACUGAGAACUGGAUGGUGUAAGAAAUGUUCUACAGAGACAAUCCUGUAAUGCAGUGCCUGGUAAUACUAAUAGGGUAGUUCCAAGUAUGCUGGUGAAUACUGCCAUUGUGCCCAAGAGAAAUUUGCCACAAGAUGACCUCAACCAUACUUGGUGGACAUGAUCAACAGAAAUCAUGUUGUCACUUCAAGUGUUGGUUACUCUAGGCCUGGGUCUGAUUCUCUCUCAGGGUGGUCAAUGUUCUUACCUCACCCUCCUGACUGAGUGCAAUAUAACGUGUGGAUGUAGUGACGAGUUUUCAUACUUGGGCUAUCCAAAGUAGUGUUGUGACUUCACACUUGUUAAUUAUUACAAGAAAUUUGUUCAUUCUGCUGUACCUGCAACAAAUAAUACUGCUGUGUUUGAAAGUGAAAUGCAGAAGACAUAUUAAUUGCUAUAGUUACUACAUGGCUGUUACAUCAUGAAUUAUCACAGGUGACAUGAAGGUAAAAUGUUUCCUUGGUUCUCAUCCAAAGAUGCCCAUAAACAGAAAUUAUAUCCAUCACAUCAGUUAUACUUCAUAUUACCAAGUUUUUGAGUUAUACACAGCAAAUAGCUUUUAACUUCCUUUGCUUAUCUUAAUAAAUAGAAGCUUUUAAAUUGCAGAGUAAAAAUUUGUUAUCUUGACAUAUAGAUGUCAGGUGUGUUCACAGUUUUGGGAAGAAAAAGUUAACAUGUGAAGUUCAUUUAAGGUUAACUGACAAUAUGUUUCAGACUUUUAUAUGAGCAAAUAAUUUAGUGACAAUUAUCUGCCUGAACAGUGAAGAUGUUCUGAUAAGCAGCUAAAUAAUCAAAUACAUUAAUUUAUGCAGUUGCUGUCAUACCCUUUCUAUAGACCAAUCAAUAUAUUAUUUUCAAUGUAUUUCAUAAUUCUCUACGUGGCUGAAAUCCAGUCACUGAAUUGCAGUUAAUUUAAUUGGUUCAAGUCACCCAUAACAAGAAAUGUCAUUCUUAGGACUGCAUUAAAAAUGGAAAACAGGAUAAUAAUUGUGGUCUUCUGACCUGUUGCACCAUGUGGUCUAUAGUGUUGAAUAUCGGGCAGCAUGUCCCCCAAAACAAUGGAAUACAACCAAAGACUACAUGGUGCAGAAAACCGGAAGAGCACAAUGUAAACUCGCACUGCCAUUAAAAACCAAAAAGCCUUCUCCCACAUCACAACUAUACAUCACUCUUUUCUCACAAAAUUACUCUGCUUAAAAAAUCAGUUUAUCCAGUUCUGUGGUAAUCAAACGCAAAAAUGCACACAUAUAUCACACAACACAGUUUGUUCACUUUGCAAUAAAGUUUGAAAUGUAAGUCACUUGUCUUGAACAUGAAGUAAAAUUGUAUCAGUUCAGUACAUAAGGAACUGUCAGAAAUGAAAUGUUCCUAUAUAAGUCAGAAGUAAUAAUUAUUAACCUCUAUCAUAUGUGAAACAGGGGAUUUAAACCCUUGUCCUACGUGGCUGACAGUCAGACUUAGCUCUUGGAUAAUGGUUUAACAGUAUGCUACUCUGAUGCAUUGACACCUAGUCUGCAUGUAGGCUGUGAUAUGUGGUCAAAAAAGGUUAAUGUUUCAUGAUAUUUGCUUCUCAUAAACAAUCCUUAAAUGUUGUCAUAUCAUUAAGCAAAGUUCACAGAAAAGAUACCUGUAAAAAAUGCAGCACAUUUACUUUCAUCAGAUAUAGAACAAGUAUUACUGAAUGAUUUUGAAAGGAGUAAUUACUGCUGAAUAGACCAUUUUGCUACUCGGUACUAAAAUCUAGGAAAUUUGAAACAUCCUUCUGACACUCAGAAUGAUGUUUUCCCAGUCAUUGCUUUAAACUUCAGGUGGCCUCACUAGCAUACAGCCAAACUGUUAACACCGGAGUUGAAGUACGACUGGCAGCCCCCAGAAUGCAGGGAUUUAAAUCCCCUAUUCCUGUAUGAGAAAAUGUCAACUCUAUUCUACCAUUUUACUUAAUAAAAUUGUAUCUGCAGA